AUGGCCACUAGAGAUAUUACCCCCGUGGCGGUUCCGCUAAUCAUUCUUCGCCGACAGGACCGAUCUCAGUACCAAAAUCAAUAUCUACCUAAUGGAAACGCUUCUGGCCCUGUUCCCGGUGCCCAGGCUCUCCUCCCCAACAAUGGCCGGAUUAUCCAGUCUGGUCCAAUUCGAGUUCUCUGUAUUGCAGAUGUGAGAGGCUAUCUCAGAUCCCUCAACGACCUCGCAAAGACGGCAAAGGCAGACUACAUCCUGCACACCGGCGACUUUGGCUUCUACGACAAUACUUCGCUGGAGAGAAUAGCAGAAAAGACAUUGAAACAUGUUGCCCAAUAUUCCCCACUCCUCACUGAAAAUGUCAAGCGCCAAAUUGCACAACCUAACCCUCCUCGGCCCAUCAAGCAAAUGUUUUCGCCUGAUCAGCUUCCUCUCUCAGAGUUGCCACUCCUGCUGAACAAACAAAUCACACUAGAUGUCCCUGUGUACACCGUAUGGGGUGCUUGUGAAGAUGUCAGAGUCUUGGAACGUUUCAGAUCCGGCGAAUACAAGGUCGACAAUCUGCACAUUAUUGACGAAGUGAACUCGAGACUGCUUGACAUUGGUGGAGUGAAGUUACGUCUGUUGGGUCUCGGUGGCGCGGUUGUCAUCCACAAGCUAUUCGAUAAUGGUGAAGGCAAGACCUACAUAGCAGGUGGUCAAGGCACGAUGUGGACAACCCUUCUUCAGAUCGGAGCCCUGAUUGACACGGCCAAUCGUGUCUACGAUCCUUCCGAAACUCGCAUCUUCUUAACCCAUGCUUCUCCGGCAAGAGAUGGAAUUCUCAAUCAACUCUCGGUAACCCUCAAAGCCGACUUUUCCAUCUCCGCAGGUUUGCAUUUCCGUUAUGGCAGCUCCUACAACGAGUUCUCCGUCAACCCUUCUCUGGAUCACUACCGUGGUAAACUUGCAGCCUCCAAGGCUUCAUUCCAAGAUGUCUGGGAGACGGUCAAGAUGGAUGUCGAGCAAGCCAUAGAGUCGAAUGCCAGCCACAAAACCCUUCUACACAGUGCAUUGGAGAUUGUCGAGAAGAUGCCGAGCACGGCCAACGGAGGCAAUCCCUUUGGUGGACCCGUAGGAGGAGGUGGUGCAGCAGGUCAAGUGGACGAGAGUGCAUUUAAAAAUAUGUGGAAUUUCAAUCUCGCAGAUGCGGCCUUUGGCUAUCUGGUUCUCGAGAUCGACGGAGGUCGAAUAGGUACGGAGAUGCGUGCGCAAGGAUUCAAUUUUGCCCAUCGCGGGAAACCUACUGCAGGAGGUCAACUCCCUCAGCAGCCCUCUACGUCGACAGCUCCCGUUGCACCGGUUCCUGGCCCAGCUGCUGCACCCACGGGCCCGGCACAAAACCGUGCUCCGCACUUCCAAGCACCACAGCAGCCCUUCCCUCAACAACAGAAACCACAACCUCAACAGCAGCAACCAAGACCCGCUCCAACUGGAUCGACUCCUGGUCCCAAGUCUGCAACACCACCUUCGGCUGCAUCACCAGCACCACCGGUUACUCAGGCUAAGCCUCUUACGCCUCAACCUUCAUCGACCUCCGUCCCGACCACGUCUGUACCGGUGAAUAAGCCCGCUACUCCGGCCACCAACGGUGCGAGCGGUGACAAGGGCGCGGAGAGUGAUGCAGCAAAGGCCAAGGUCGGAACCUCUCCCGUCGACCGUAAAGCCCCUACGGCUCUCUAUGUGGCCAAUGCGGAAAGUGAGCAAGGAGCUAGGGAAUUGAUUGCCGAGGAAGAUCGCGACAAGAUCAAGUCCAUCGUCCGGUUGGGUAGCAAGUUCUUUAACUGGAAAGUUCAGUUCGACAACCAUGACAUUGCUCAAGGGGCUUUGCUUCGCGCACAAGGAGAGAUUUCGAAACACAAGGGUGCGGGAGGUCGAAUGCCCAAGAUUGUGUUCUUUGAAGAGAAGCAGUCAACAUUCCACCAACGCGACAACCAUAGCCAAGGAGGAGCGGGCACGUGGCAGGGAAGCAACCGUGGAGCAUCAAGCGCGGCCAACACCCCUACGACUCGCGCUGGGUAUCAAAGUGGCGGCGCAAGUGAUAGUGAAGGUGGACGAGGUCGUGGUGGAUUUCGCGGUCGUGGCCGAGGUGGCCGGGGCGAUGAGCGAGGUGGACGAGGCGGUCGUGGUGGAGGCCGUGGCGGAUUCCAGGGCAAACCCGGCGACGGACCCUCUGAAGGAAGAGGUUCGGACGUCAAGGGAUCCGACAACAAGCCAGCGGCGGUCUCUGGGGAGAGUUGA